AUGGUGUCGCCGUUCCCAGCCUCGACUUCUCCCUUCCGUGAAGCUGUCUCCCCGCUCUCGAUGCUGGUACGGCGAUGCCCGCGAGGCGUCAGAUCGUGCCAGCUACCCUCGACAAGCGACUUCGCACCGGCCAUCGCCCAGCUUCCCGCCUUUCUCGUGCCGUCAUUCGCCAACGCUGCUCAGGAGGGCGACGAGGUGCGACUACGAGAUGCGGUUCAGCUGGCGCACAAAGGGCGGAAGAGAGUAGCUGGAGCUCGACAUCCUCCUACAUCCUUUCUGCCAGCAUCACCAAUCCCGCGAUUACCGGCCUCUCCUGCUGUACAGCAAUUAAACCUACGACGGUUCUCGAAUGCAGCGGGAAGACGCCCUGGGUCGGUCGAGGGUGCAGGCGACGAACGCGUGGGCUUCAAGACUCGCCAGGAGCCGCUCGCCAUUCAGUCGGACAAGGGGAAAGGCCGCGCGCACGACGAAGAUGGUCACAUGGAGGACGAGGCGGAGCCGGUGGUCCCGCCAGAUGUUGACGAACCGCUGCCACCAUCCGAGGAUGAUCCACCAGCGCUGCGACUCGGUCGUCGCGGGCCCAAUCCGUCGGACGGCUACGUGCCUCGCAAAUACACUGCCGCUGGCUUGCUUCCAGACCCCGUGGAUCGCGACGAGAUGAUGCGACGCCUGCAUUACUUGAAGCGAAGGAUCGACCUCGAGGAGUUCAAGGCGAUUCGCGCGCAGCUUGGCCGGGUCGGGCUGUUGACCGACCCUGAAGCGAUUGGGCGUCUCGUCAAGCGCGCCGUCGAGUGCGCGCUCGACUACGAAGCCCUACACCUCGUCAACGCGACCGCUGCUCGCAUACUCAAUCGCGACGGCCGCCCUGCCGACUUCGACGACUCUUUCGCCCCUAUCUACACUCGUGCACUCAAGUACCUCAAUCAGUCGCAGCGCUGGAGCUCGGCAGCCGCCUUUUCCGACGCCGCCGCCCAUUUCUCACUCGUCACGCCCGACCUCCUCACCCUGCGCAUGACCGCAUUAUACGGACGACAGCGCUACGUCGACGUCAUCGAGACGUAUCGACUCUACUGCGAGCGCGACUUCGACCCGAACGGCGUAAUCUACGACACCGUCGCUGCCGCUCAUCUCCUCAACUCGGAACUUUCGGCGGCACAGAAGCUGUUGGGCGAGAAGGUGGCGCGUGGGUUCGGGACGUCGUUCAAGACGUGCUUGAUGCUGCUGGAAGGGAUGUCGCAUUAUGGCGGGAACAAGAUCAUGGAGGAGAAAAUGCUCAGUGAGGGCGGCGAGGAUUUGCUGCGGCAGGGACGGGCGCUCAGGCAGGACGGACGCGUCCUGAAUCGCAUGCUCUCCGUGCGCGCGUCACGCGGAGCCUUGCGAGAUGCGCUCUCGCUGCUCGACUUCUACGACUUCCGCGGCUACGCUUACGAGCUCGUCAGGUCGAUUCGCGCCAUCGCCGUCCCCGCCCUUCCUCCGCCUCCCCCUUCGUCUCCAUACUUCCGACCUACGCCCGACUCUUCGACCGUCGUCGCGCUCGUCAGCCUCCUCCUGCGCCAGCAACGACCAGACCUCGCCGAGUGGCUUAUCGUCAACGCCGAGGAACAGAAGAUCACCUUCAACGACCGCGUCGCUGCAGCAAUCAUGCGCAUCAUGUUGACGAAUGGCGAUAUCGCGGGCGCCGAGCAGUUUGUGUGGGGACUGCCAGAGGGUGCCGCUACGUUCGGAGGCAUCGCCUUCCCAGCGCUUUCGCCCUCGACGGCCGUCUUCGAGGUCCUCUUCCAGGGCUCCCUCACCCAUUACGGCGUCGACGGGACGAACAAGCUUUUCCGUCAGUUCGCUACGGCGUACAAGUCGGCGCCGCGGGUGACGGAGGGUAUGACCUUGGCCCUGACGCACUACCUCACGCUUGAGGCGAACAGCCACGUCCACGUCCCAGCCGAAGUUCUCCUCAACGUCAAAGACCUUACGAAGGGCAGGGCACGUCCGAGGAUGUCGCACGUUACCGCUCUGCUCAAGGCGGCCUGGAAGCGCGACCGCGCCGAGCAGACUACCCCGAGAUCUGCCAACCGACCAGUCGAGCACCAGUUCCCGCUGCCAACACUCGAACCGCCCGCACCGACGACCGAGCAGCCCUUCCCUCGCCCACGACCCAACAAGCCGCCGCCCACGCCGCAGCCAAGCUACAUCCCGCCCGAAGCUGCGCUUCUGACGCAGCAGGCGGAAGAGGACCCCAAAUCUCCCGUCUCCCGCCUCCGCCAGUCUCUGACGCAAGAUCACGCCCGCCUGACCCGCGAAGCCGCCCAGCACGUCAUGAGCAACGACUACCUCCUCCGAUAUAUCGACGCGAAGUGGGAGUACCUUCAGACGCAAGUGCUCGAUCUCGGCAUGCGCCCGACGUUCCACCAUGUGGCAAUCCUCAUGCGGGCGUACCUUCGAGUCGGCGACGCUACCGGCGCCUCGCUUGCGAUGCGCUACGCCAUCGACGAACUUGACGUCGAGCCACAUACGGCCUUCUAUACGGUCCUCAUCAACGGCUUAUCGAGGCUGAACAAGUACGAGGAGGCCGUAGCAGCCUACGCCGAGUUCAGGGGAAGCGGUCUCGAGCCCGACCGCAACCUCUUUGCCGCGCUCGCUAUGAGCUUUGCUCUCCAGCGCGACAUCGAGGGCGUCGAGCGCGUAUUCGAGGAGAUCAGGCGACAUGUGCGAGCCAAGUCGCCAACCUCGCAGCUCCGCACCCAGUCGCUGCGCCUGACGACCUCAGCCUCCCUUUCCUCCUUCCCUGCCGCCAUCCUUACGCCGUACGACCCUCUCCUCGAUUCAGUCUUCGUCACCAUCCUUUACCGCGUCCUCUCCGUCAACCAUCGCUACCUCGCCGCACAAGACCUCGUCCGCGACUCGCUCGACAAGGGUAUGGUGCCAGACACGGUUCUGUGCAAGAUCCUUGAGCGGACACGGAGCUGGAUCCGGUGGAAGACGAAUCUGAGCGAGCGGCUCGGCCUACCCGGCGUCGAGGGCGGCCCGAAGGCGAACGGACCGAAGCUCACGGCGUUCGAGCUCGACGAGCUGAGGGAGCGCAACUUCGACAAUCUGUUGCGCGUCCGGAGGAUGCUCAAGAAAAUGGUGCCCGAGGCGCCACCACGACAUUUGCGGGCGCUCGAGGCGUUCUGGCGCAAGGCGGAGAAGGCAGACUCGGGACGGAUAUCUUGGGAGCAGGACGAGGACAAGACGGAAGGCGCCGCGGCAUCCGAGACGGUCGCAUGGAGACCGGUAUGA